GAAUUUCUAGGAGUGCCGUUAAUUAUAGUGAAUCUGCGAGACGGGCCACAGGGGCUCUCAGAGGCAGCCUCCGGUGCAGUUUGAAAGUCAAAACUCGCACAAGGAGAACAGUAGUUCACCCAAGACGUGUGACAGUGACAGGAUCGAUGCGGGGACUUUGACUCGGUUUCCCAGGAUUCCUUGCGGUGGACACCCACACGGAUUUCGUCGGAAGCCUGUGGGCGGAGCCGCGGGAGGUGCCGGGAAAGCCGGGAGCGGAGCAUGGCUGCAGUGUUGGUGUUCUCGUCCCCUUUCCCCAAACUCCGUCGUUUUCUCCGAAGCUGUUGGGGGACACUUGGCGGCCACGCAGGGCCAUGGGCUCCUGCUUUAGCAAUACAAGCUCCAGAUUCUUUACUCAAUCCUGUGGAAGAGAAAACGGAGUAUUUUGAAAACCCCAGCUUUUUAGACAGCAUACUUUGGAUGCCAGCUCCAAAGUCAAGGCGGACAAUUGAGGUUAAUCGCACCAGACGAAGGAGUUCUAACCAUCUUAUAAAAAUAAAGAGAAACAUAGAUAUUUGUCCCGAAUGCGGCAACCUGAAAGAGAAGCAUGUUCUUUGUGGCUAUUGUUAUGAAAAAGUUAAACAGGAAACCUAUGCCAUAAAAAAUCAGAUUAGAUUAUUGGAAAAUGGACCACAUAAGGCUCCCACUGUAGAAAGUGUUGUGCUUUAUGCAGGCGAAAAACCCAGAAAUGAAGAUGAAGGCAAGCGAAUUAUCGAAAGGAACAGGAAACGUCCAUCUUGGUUCACGUUGGACUAAACAGACAUCACAAUGGAAUGAUUGAUUCCCUUAUACAAAUCCUACUUUGGAUAAUAUACAUCCAGAAGACUGCACUGUACUCUUUAAAAUAGAGACUAUUGUAAUAAAGCUUAUAUAAUAGA